CGCCACAGGUAAAAUUAUCUUUGUUUUGUCUUCAUGGCAAGGUAAUUUUAUAUAUGGAACACGUGCUCUGAACGAAAAAUUCUGUAAGCAAAAAAUCUUAAGGAAGCAAAACUUCAGGAUUAUUACUAUUUUAUUGGAUUAUUUAAGAGAAAUCACCAUGCAAAUGAGGAUUUUCUUUGUGACAUGAUGUUAAGGUUCGUCUAUUUCAUUAUAGUUUGUGUCGUCAUAUUUUUUAUGCUAUUUUUGUCGAUAAAGUACACCGACAGAAAGAAACGAAUUUACACCAGAAGGAUUAUAAAUCCCAACAAGUUGGGCCUUGAGGACAUUGACUACAAAUUAACUUCUAAUGACCACAACUUUUCCUACUUGAUCUCCGAAUCCGAGGCUUGUGAAGAAGAACAUAUUUUCUUGCUUGUCAUCGUCUGUGUUUCCUCGGGAAAUUCGGAACAGAGGCAGACGAUAAGGGAAACGUGGGGAUCAGUGGCGGAAUAUGACCCCUCUAUAAAACUCAUGUUUCUGUUGGGAAAUCCACAAAAUAUAACCAUUCAAACUCAAGUUGUUGUAGAAAGUGCUAAAUACCAUGAUGUCAUUCAGGAAGACUUCAUCGACUCCUACAGGAAUCUCUCCAUUAAGUCCGUUGCUCUUUUGAAAUGGGUCCACCAGUUCUGCAAUGAUGCCGAGUAUGUUCUUAAAACAGACGAUGAUAUGUUUAUCCAUAUUAGAAAUUUAAUAACGAUCUUAAAGAAGAAAAAUCCUAUAAAUGCUGUCAUAGGAAGGCGUAUAAAUGGAGCUACGCCUCUGAGGGACGAAAAUAGUAAAUGGUAUACUUCUGUGAAUGAGUAUUCAAAACGUUACUAUCCUCCUUACUGCAGUGGAACUGCAUACGUGCUGUCAGGGGAUGCUAUUGAACCUCUUUUCAACAUUACACAAAAAGUAGCUUUAUUUUGGCUGGAGGACAUAUACAUUACUGGAAUCUGUCGAACUAUUGCAAAGGUGGAUAUCCUUGAUUUCCGAGAAUUUACUUACCUUAAACGUGAUCCUACAGCGUGUUCCUACAAAUCUGCCGUAUCUGGUCAUAGGUACUCAGUGUCCGAAAUAAGACAGAUAUGGACAGAAAUUCAAAACAAUGUACCGUGUCCAAGCUAGAGUAUUAUUGAGAAGGGGACAAUGUAAUGUUUCUCACAUUUUUUUGGUUAUCAUUAGUACUAUGAUCAUUAAUACUGCAGCAAUCAAAUUUUAAAUUUGUUUUUACUAUUCAUAAUGAAAGAUUAUUACAUGUUCUUAUCAUGGAAGAAAAAUGGUCUUUCACACUUCUUAUACAAAAAUGUUUGAUAACAUGAAGUUUCUCUGCAUAUUUUUGUCACGUAUUGUAACAAUGAUUAAUUGCUUUUUUUAUGUUUUUAUUU